GAGAUCAAUGCAGCGGUGGCUGGCAACAAGACAUCGGACCCCAAGGCAUCAGUGACCAAGAUCGAGGCCGCGCUCGCGCUGAUCAGCUCCAGCGAGGACUUCAAGGACGAGUUCCUUGGGGACGCCGCCUUCGUCGGCGUGGUGCUCGGCGGCACGAGCGGCGAGGAGUUCGAGUACCUGGUGGUUGGCGGGGGGAACGCGGCCGGCUACGCGUGCCGCGAGUUCGUGGCCCAGGGCGUCUCUGGACCCGGCAGGGUCGGCAUCGUGACGGCCGAGCCCGUGCCGCCCUACGAGCGGCCCGCGCUGACAAAGGCCUACCUGCACCCGCCGACGGCCAAGGUGCGCGCGCGCCUGCCAGGCUUCCACACGUGCGUGGGCGGGGGCGGCGAGCGGCAGGUCCUGGAGUGGUACGGGGAGAAGGGCAUAGAGCUCAUCCAGGGCAAGGCGGAGCGGGUGGACAGGUCCAGCAAGCGCGUCAAGGUCGGCGACACAGAGUGCACCUACCAGAAGCUCAUCCUGGCCACCGGCGCGAGGGCUCUCAAGGUGAGCAGCUUCGGGGUGAAGGGGGACGACCUGAAGAACGUCUUCUAUGUACGCGAGGAGCUGGAGGCUGCAGCGCUGGUGAAGGCACUGGAGACUCUGCAGGAGACGGGCUCGGGUGAGAUUGUCAUCGUCGGAGGAGGCUACAUUGGCCUCGAGUGUGCUGCUGCCCUCUCUGGCUGGGGCCUCAAGACCACCAUGGUCUUCCCCGAGGCGAACUGCAUGCCCCGGCUCUUCAACUCCGAGCUCGGCGAGUGGCUGGAGGGCGAGUACGCCUCCCGCGGCAUCAAGAUCCUGAAGGGCAACGUCGUCACGGAGUUCCUUGGAGAUGCAGGGUCUGGCGUGACAGGGGUGAAGCUGAAGUCAGGCGAGACCCUGCCGUGCGCCCUAGCGGUUGUAGGUGUCGGCGCGACGCCGAACGUCGAAUGUUGCGAGGGGCUGGAAAUGGCGAAGGGCGGCUUCAAGGUGGACGGAUCGAUGCGGACGUCGGAGGAGAGCAUCUACGCGAUAGGCGAUGUGGCCGCCUUCCCCUCGCAGUACGGCGGCACAUCGCGAUGCGAGCACGUCGACCACGCCCGCAAGUCGGCGGCGCAGGCGGUUAGGGCGGCCAUGGGCUUGAACCCAGAGCCGUACAAGUACCUGCCGUAUUUCUAUUCCAGGCUGUUCGAGUACACGGAGGCCCCCAUCGUUUUCAACUUCUUCGGCAGCGAGGACGGCGAGUGCAGGGCAUGCUCCAGGGGCGAGAAGUCCGUCGGGGCAAUCUGGACCAAGGACGGCAAGGUGGUGGGCGCGCUGCUCAUGGGCUCCCCAGGCCCCAGCGCCGACGACAUGGCAAAGCUGCGCGAGCUGGCCGGGGCCCGGCCAGACGCCGCGGACCCCGCCGCGGUGCCCGCGUCCGCCGCCGCUGGGGGCGCCUGUAACGGGGCGACCGGCAAGGCCGUCAGCGGAGGCAGCCUCGAGGUGGACACGUCGGACAUCACAGUCGAGGAGCCCCGGGUCGUUGCCGAGGACGACGACGAGGCAGAGGACGAGCGCUCCCUCUGGGGGGACGGCGAGGACGACCCCAACGAGGAGAAGGAGGAGUGA